AUGCUGAAGCUUCUUAGAAUAAACGUACAUAAAUCAACUUUUCAAAUGGCAGUGUGUGGGAUGGCAUCAAAAAAGUCACCGAAUGUAGCUGUGAUUCUAGCAGGCUCAGGUGUGAAUGAUGGCAGUGAAAUACACGAAGCCAGCGCUGUUCUGACUCAUUUGAGUAGGAAUGGUGCACAAUUCCAAUGUUUUGCUCCAGAUAUACCGCAGAUGCAUGUCAUAGAUCAUUUUAAGGGAAGUGAAGAUGCAUCACACCAGAGAAACGUGUUGGCUGAGGCAGCCCGUAUCGCCAGAGGCAAUAUUUGUCCUCUGACCGAUUUGGUGAAAAAUCUGUCCAAAUAUGAUGCAGUUGUUUUGCCAGGAGGCUUCGGUGUUGCUAAGAAUCUGUCUGAUUUCGCUGGCAAGGGACCGCAAAUGAGUGUCCAGAAAGACGUGGAGGAAGCUCUCAACGGAUUCCAUGAGUGUAAAAAACCCAUUGGUCUUGCAUGUAUCUCACCAAUUCUAGCUGCCAAGUUAUUCAAAGGAGUGACUAUCACAUUGGGAAAGUCAU